AUGGCUUUCCAAGCACCCGCCAGUCUCCAGAGCAUGGCGUUUGCGAACAGCCAACUCUGGCCUUCGAUGUCUGCCAUCAUUCAGACACCUUGGAGAGCCCUAACGCGCCAGGCUCCUUCCUCCGUCGCCUCGAGGCCAAGUCGACAAAUACAUACCGAAAGGCCGCUGGAGACCACUGCGCAGCCUGAACAACAUGUUCAGUCUACCCUUGAACUCCCCGAAUCGCUCCAAGGAGUUCCAAUAUCGGCGUUGCGAUUUAGCCCAUCCACAGAGCUCCUGAAUAGCUACCCUACCGUUUCAAGCACGCUAGCAGCAGUCCCGCAAAAUGCCUUGCGCUUCUGCAAUCCUUUCGCUCGCUGCCUUGCUCCUACGAUGAUGGCCAGACAAUACUCCACCAUGCCCCGUUUUGCCACAUUCGUAAAUCCCCGCCCGAUACCUCGUCCCGGAAACGUCGGCUUAGCAUUGGCUCAACGGAGAACAGCUUUCGGUGUUUCCUCGUCUCGGAAUCUCCUUGCUCAUCUUGAGGCUACGGCCAACAACAACCCGUCCAGCGCAAGCGCUCAGAAUGCUCUAUACUCUGCCUUGCUCCGAGCCGACAUGCCGGAGAUCUUGGUAGAGCGAUAUCAAACAGGGCGUUUCGCGACGAACCCGGCCAGCGAAGCAGUGUACAUCAAGGCGCUGGAACGCGUUGGACAAGCAGAGAAGGCACAAGCCAUGCAGUCGGCAAAAGAUAGCAACGGUCACGGCAGCACUCUCAGCGCAGAACAAAUGCAAGCCAUUGGUCAAGCAGUCGGCUCCCGCGUUCGAGGUGGUAACGUUUCCGUCGCGCGCUCUGGCUCUGGCGACAAGACAAGCCCCUUGUACGUUGUGGUCGAAGAGUCUACUGGCAGCACCGUUUUCAAGUGGAUCAAGUUUUUGCUGUACUUUGGACUCAUCACCUACAUCUCGCUCAUCGUCAUCACUCUCAUGAUCGAAGCAAGCGGUAUGCUAAAGAAGGUUGGCGGUACGCAAAACACGGAAGCAAGGCCGGAACUUCAGACAACACGAUUCAGCGACGUCCAGGGAUGUGACGAGGCCAAGGAAGAACUCCAGGAACUUGUCGAAUUCUUGAAGAACCCCGAGAAGUUCUCCACUCUUGGUGGCAGACUGCCGAAAGGUGUUUUGCUUGUUGGCCCCCCUGGUACCGGAAAGACCCUUCUUGCUCGAGCUGUUGCCGGUGAAGCUGGCGUCCCGUUCUUCUACAUGUCCGGCUCCGAGUUUGACGAAGUUUACGUCGGUGUUGGCGCUAAGCGCGUCCGAGAGCUGUUUACUGCUGCCCGCGCUAAGGCCCCUGCUAUUGUCUUUAUCGAUGAACUGGAUGCGAUAGGUGGAAAGCGAAACGAACGCGAUGCAGCAUACGUCAAGCAGACCCUCAAUCAGCUUCUCACCGACCUUGACGGCUUCGACCAAAACUCGGGGGUUAUCUUCCUUGCUGCGACGAACUUCCCUCAGAUGCUUGACAAAGCUUUGACCCGACCUGGCCGUUUUGAUCGCCAAGUAAUUGUUCCGCUUCCCGAUGUGCGAGGCCGUGUCGCGAUUCUCAAACAUCAUAUGAAAAACGUCCAGCUUGCCACCGAUGUUGACGCUGCGUUGCUUGCCCGCGGUACACCUGGAUUUUCUGGGGCCGAGCUCGAAAACAUUGUCAACCAAGCCGCGGUUCACGCUUCAAAGGAGAAGAAGCAGAAAGUUGCUAUGAUCGAUCUCGAAUGGGCCAAGGAUAAGGUCAUGAUGGGAGCCGAGAGGAAGAGCGCCGUCAUCCAAGAAAAAGACAAGAUAUCAACUGCUUACCAUGAGGGUGGACAUACCUUAGUCGCUCUUUACACGAAAGGAGCAGACCCGCUAUACAAGGCCACUAUCAUGCCUCGAGGACAUGCACUAGGUAUCACCUUCAUGCUGCCAGAGAUGGACGAAGUCAGCAGAACGAAGCGACAGUACCUCGCCUCGCUCGAUGUCUCUAUGGGCGGCAAAGCGGCCGAGGAGCUAAUCUAUGGCGAAGACGACGUUUCAGGCGGAGCAUCAGGGGACAUUCAAAAUGCGACACAUGUUGCAUAUGUCAUGGUCACCCAGAUGGGCAUGUCUGACAAACUAGGGAACGUCGACUUCAACUCUGACUUUUCGCGGCUCUCGGGCGAAACCAAACGGCUCAUCGAGAGCGAGGUCCGUCGGCUGAUCGAGGAAGCGAAGGUGAGGGCCAAGAAUCUGCUCAUCGCGAAACGAGGCGAACUGGAUCUGCUAGCAAAGGCGUUAGUGGAGUACGAGACGCUCGACAAGGACGAGAUACAGAAGGUCGUUAAAGGAGAGAAACUCCCGCUUCGAUUGACAACCUUGCCUGGCACUCCCAUCAAGCUUCCGGAGAUCACAUUACCAAGUCUCAAACCACCCGGAGGCGACGGGGAUGAUGAACCCGGGGCAGGUGUGCCAGGGACACCGGGAUCGGGCGUGUACACUGGGAGCGGUUGA